AUGGCCAGCGACCAAGAUUACAUGACAUUUCUCGACAAAGCGAACCAAGACGUUGACGACGGGAAAGCGUUGGCAGCAAAGCAAGAGGAGAAUGGCAAAGCCGCCUUCAAAACCAUGGACGAGGGGUCUCAAGCCCCCAAGGUUAUCAGGGACGCGUGCCAAGAUGCGGUGUACGUGAGCGAUGCGGACGAGCCAUUUGAACAAGUGUCUCUCAGAUGGGGCGGGGAUGGAUUGCCAGAUGAAACCGAGUUUGCCAAGCUUAUAAAGCACUGGGACGCCAAUGAGGCCGAAAUUAGUAUCAUGGAUCCGGUUGACUGGGACUCGCAAGGCCAGUAUACCAAGUUGAUUGAGGCCGUCAGAGAAGCGACCAAAGGCAAUGAUGUGAGGGUUUAUAGCGUGGUGAGGAGCAAGACCAGAACUGAAUACUGGCUUGUGUCGAGGGAAGAGGGGCGCAUCGUGGGCGUCAAGGCCCUGGGAGUGGAGAGCUAG